CGCGAAAGUCGCAGCGCCGCCGUCUGAAAGUGCCGAGCGUCCACCAUCCGCAACAACAGCUUGCCUCGCAAACCACCAUAACAAUGGGCAAGAAAAGAAAGGCCUCGUCGCGCAAUGCCGAGGCCAAGGGCCCCAAAGACCUGGAUGCCGCUGACGCCCGUCUUGGCCCAAUUUCCACCUAUGAAGAUGUCGCCGACUCCGAAGACGAGUACUUCCUCAACCGAGACAAGAUCAUGCUCGAUGAUGAGCCCGGAUUGAAACGGAGGAGGAAGGAUGACGAGGACUUUGAGCUGUCAGACGAAGAGGUGCUAGGCUACCAGGACACCGAUUCGGAAGACGAUGUGCGACCUAAGAAACCGACAAAAAAGUCUGCUAAGAAAUCCGGCGAUGGCGAGUCGGACGAGGAGGGCGAUGAGGACGAAGAAGGGGACGAAGGCUGGUGGGGCUCCUCCAAGAAGGAAUACUACGACGCGGACAACAUCAAGACCGAGGCUGAUGCCUUGGAAGAAGAGGCUGAGGCGAAGCGGCUACAGCAGAAGAAGCUGUCCAAGAUGCGAGAAGAAGACUUUGUCUUUGACGGCGACGAGUGGUUGGCGGGCGAGCAAGAAGAGGAAGACAACGACGAGCCAGUCGUCGAGGUCCUCAAGGAUGUCGAGGUCACCGACGACAUGACGCCCGAGGAGCGGUCGAAACUCCUUGCCACAAGAUACCCCGAGUUUGAACACCUCGUCAACGAGUUUGAGGCGUUGCAGCCAGUUCUGUCGCAGCUCAAGGCCGACGCGGUCGGAAAGUCCGCCCGCACCCUGGAAGCCAUCAAGUACUGGGUCCUGGGUUGCUACGUUGCCGCUCUGGGCGGCUACUUUGCCGUUCUGACCUCUCCCGCGCGAGAUGGCGACAAGUCCCAAAAGGCUCUUGCGCCUACCGAGCUGCGGGAUCACGACGUCAUGGAGACGCUGGUUGACUGUCGCAAUGCCUGGGAAAGGGUCAAGAAUGCACGAUCACUCCACACGCCAAGCAGCCUACAGCCCGUCGAGAUGGACAUCGAUGACAUCGCCGUGGAUGCCCUGCACAACGUCGAGAAGCCCAAGAAAAAGAAGUCUACGAAGCUCGACAAGGUCAGCGCCGCCAAGAAAGCCGAGAAGCUGGCCCGAGCCAAGCAGAUCGAGGACACCGUCGCGGAUCUGUAUGACCUGCCUGUCCCAUCAAGGAAAUCCAAAAGUUCGGCCAAGGCCACCCAGGCCAACAAGGACGACGACAACUCCGACUUUGGCGAGGAGGAUGCCUUGGACGAGCGGACGGCUGCCGACAAGGCUGCGCGCAAGAAGAGUCUCAAGUUCUACACCUCUCAAAUCGCCCAAAAGGCCAACAAGCGGGCGGGCGCGGGCCGCGACGCCGGAGGAGACAUGGAUCUUCCGUACCGAGAGCGACUGCGCGAUCGUCAAGCUCGACUCAUGGCUGCGGCGGAGAAGAGGGGCCAGAAGGGAUCCAAGCACGGCGCGGACCUCGGCGACGACGACAGCGACGACGAUGACAACCAGGUCGCAAACUCCAUGCGCGAUAACGAGGAUGACUACUACGAUAUGGUCGCCCAUUCUUCCAAGGGCAAGCGGGAAGAAAAGGCUGCUCGCUACGCAGCCUUUGCCGCAGCCAGCAAGGCCGACAGAGUCGUGGAGAAGGAGGAGGUCGGGGAGGAUGGCAAGCGUAAGAUCACGUAUGCCAUCGAGAAGAACAAGGGCCUGGCGCCCAAGAGGAGCAAGGAUGUCAGGAACCCCAGAGUGAAGCGGAGAAAGCAGUACGAGGCCAAGCAGAAGAAGCUGAAGAGCAUGAAGCCCGUUUGGAAAGGAGGGGAGCCAAAGGGCGGAUACCAGGGCGAACUGGCUGGUAUCAACACGGCGGUGGUCAAGAGCGUCAAGCUGUAGAAGCGCAAAAUUCACAUCAAUUUUUCG